GCGGGCGGCGGGGAGCGGCCGCCGGGCGCGCAGGGGCUGCGGAACCACGGCAACACCUGCUUCAUGAACGCCGUGGUGCAGUGCCUGAGCAACACGGCGCCGCUGGCCGAGCGCCUGGCGCUGGGCCGGUACCGCGCCCGCGGCGCCCGCGCCGAGGUCACGCAGCGGCUGGCGGCCCUGGUGCGGGCGCUCUGGACCCGCCAGUACACCCCGCAGCUCUCCGCGGAGUUCAAGAACAUCGUCUCCAAGCACAGCUCGCAGUUCCGGGGCAACGCUCAGCACGACGCGCUCGAGUUCCUGCUCUGGCUGCUGGACCGAAUGCACGAGGACCUGGGCGCCGCCUCCCCCGCCCAGCAGAGCCGCGGCCCCACGCAGCCUGGCAAGGAUGGGAGCAGCGGUGCCAGCAGGUCUCCCCCAGGCAGCCAGCACCCGCAGGGGCAGAGCUUCGUGCAGAGCCACUUCCAGGCCCAGUACAGGUCCUCCCUGACGUGCCCUCACUGCCUGAAGCAGAGCAACACCUUCGACCCCUUCCUGUGCAUCUCCCUGCCCAUCCCGCUGCGCCAGACCAGGGCUCUGAACGUCACGCUGGUGCUGCAGUGCGAGCGCUGGCGCUUCGUGCGGGUGGGGCUGGCCGUGCCGCUGCUGGGCACCGUGGCCGACCUGCGGGAGAUGGUGGCGCGGCACGGCCGCGUCCCGGCCGAGCAGGUGAUCCUGGCCGAGGUGUCCCCGCGGGGCCUCCUGCGCUCGCUGUCCGACCCCGAGGCGCUGCGGGCGGCCGGCGAGGCCGCGCCCGUCUACGCCUUCCAGCCGCCGCCCGCCCGCCGCGCAGGGUGUCCCCGCAGCCUCCCCACGUCCCCCGCGGCGCCGCGGCCCGAGGGGCCGAGGCUGCUGCCCAGCGCCGCCCGCUCCUCCGACUGCCUGCACCGCGCGCCCGGCGGCCGCAUCCUGCUGCUGCUCUGCAACACGGCGGGCACGGGCCCGCAGCUCGCCAGGUUCGGGCCGCCGCUGGUGCUGCGGGAGGAGCGCGGCGUCUCCUGGGAGCAGCUGCAGCAGAACAUCCUGGCCCAGCUCAGGGGGGUCCUGCGGGGAGAGGUCCGGCCACAGGGCACGGGGGCCCUUUUCCGGAUCCGCCUGGCCGGGGGCUCGGCCCCCUGCACCUACCUGUCCCCUCAGGAUCCCCGUCCCCUCUGCCACCCUGCCAUCGACAGGGCCCUGCAGCUGUGCGGGGCCGGGGGCCCUCCCCACGUGAGGCUGACGGCGGAGUGGGACACGGGCACCAAAGAGCGGCUGUUCGGGAGCAUCCAGGAGGAGGCGGUGCAGGACGCUGACAGCGUGUGGCAGCAGCAGCAGGCGCACGGGCAGCAGCACAGCUGCACCCUGGACGAGUGCUUCCAGCUCUACACCAAGGAGGAGCAGCUGGCCCCGGACGAUGCCUGGCGCUGCCCGCACUGCAAGGUGCCCCAGCAGGGCACGGUGAAGCUCAGCCUGUGGACGCUGCCCGACAUCCUCAUCAUCCACCUGAAGCGCUUCCGGCAGGUGGCCGAGCAGCGGCACAAGCUGACCACGCUGGUGAGGUUCCCGCUGCGGGGGCUGGACAUGGCCCCGCACGUGGCGCAGCGGGGCCAGCCCGGGGUGCAGCUCCUGGGGCGCUGGGCACCCUGGCAGCCCCCCCUGCGCCUGCCCCCGGGCUGCCCCCGCGACCACCUGUACGACCUGUACGCAGUCUGCAACCACCACGGCAGCAUGCAGGGCGGCCACUACACCGCGUUCUGCUGCAACGCCCUGGACGGGCGCUGGUACAGCUACGACGACAGCCGGGUGGAGGGGGUGCGGGAGGCCGAGGUGAGCACCCGCAGCGCCUACAUCCUCUUCUACCAGCGCCGCCGCGCCGCCGCCUCCGGCACGGGUAAGCCCCCGAUCCCCGCGCCCCGGCACUGCCGUGGGGUCACGCUCAGCCCUGCGUGUGCCCCCUGCACACGUGUGCGCACAGAGCUGCCGCACCACCCCUGCGCGGGUGCGGGCCCGGUCCCACCCUGCCCCAGCCCGGCCCACCCCCGCACCGAGCCCGAGCCCGAGCCCUCGGGCUACGCCGGCGCCGCGGAGAACGGUGAGGCUCAGGACACUCCAUCCGCUCAGGAUGCGCCCCCCGCGCCCCCCGCCCGCCCUGACCGCGCUUUCCCCGCAGGCGGGUUCGAGGCGCGGCCCCCGGUGCGGGGGCUGCAGGGGCUGCCCGCUCGCAGCCUCAGCGUCCGGACCGCACCCCCGGGACAGGGGGAGCCGGGCCGCCCCCGACGGCUCCGCCGCGCCGCCAGCGCCGAGGGGACCCCGCGCCGGCCGCCGCCGGGCCCCGGCAGCCCCGAGGGGCCGCGGGGGGACGCGGGUGUCCCCCCGGGCCGCUGCCCCCCCGGCCCCUCGGCGCUGGGGCGGUCGCGGAGCUCGGCCAGCCUCCCCCCUCGGCCCGAGGCGGGGCUGCGCCGGUCCGCCUCGCUGGGCAGGGACAAGCGGAGGGGGAAGAAGCCAAAGAAAGGAAAUCCCACUGCAAAGCGCCAGCGAGCUCCUUGUCACCUGGCCAGCACCCAGUGGCACCCACCGCGGGGCACGGAGGACGUGGUGGCAUCGCCCCAGGGUCGUGGGUGCUGCGGGGCGGGGGGCAGGCACCCGGUUCGAAGGCAAAGUCUGGAUAAGGCGAACAAAAAUGAACUAAAGAACAGCGGCCGCCCCCAAACCGGGCGCUUUGCCGCCCAAAAGUGGCGCGUGGCCCUCGGUGCCGGUGGCCGGUGCUGGCCCCGCGUGCCGCACGGAUGA